AUGUGUAUUAUGUCAUUGGAGAAGACUCUACGAGUUCGAUUCAUGGAACUGGUACUAGAUCUGCUCCAAGACACUUCUGGAACUUGGUGGCUCCUACAGGUGAAGGCUUUUAAGCUUACUUCCGUUCCUUUACCGAGUCUAUCACGUACUCAGUCAGCACCGACUCGGUUUGAGAUUGGAGUCGUUCCAACUCCGCAGUGGAAGAAGUGGCGUUGCGCUGGGCGAUACUGCACUGGGUAUCUCACGAAGAAAAUGGUGCGAAGCUGUGAGUUUUACGAUGAUUUUGUUCAGCAGCAAGAUGUGAGUCUUGCUGGUGGCUUUGCUGAGUUCCAUUCGGCUUUGACAUUUCACUUGCAACACCGCUUACCGAAGCGUGAUCGCAGCCAACUCUACGAACCUCAAGCGCUUUGUAGGACAUGUAUUAAGCGGUAUCAUUCUCUGCGACAGCAAUGGAAGGAAACGCAGCGAUGGAAGAAAUGCUAG